CCGAGAACACCACUCAGAGAUCCACCAUCGGAAUUCUCGCCUUUGAAUCCGCCACCACGAUGUCUCGACUCGUCUCCCUCCACCACUCCCUUUCUGAACCUUCCCUCCGUCUCCUCCGCUCCCACAUCAUGCGUUCCCGUGGCAUCGCCUACCUCACCUCCACCGACCAACACUUCCUCUUCCGCCUCGUCUACUCCGACCUCCUCUCCUACCUCGACUCCUCCGCCUCCGCUGUCUCUCGUCUCUCCUCCCGCUGCCGCUCCCGCUCCCGUCAAAACUUUUCCCUCACCUACGCCAACCUCAAAUCCGGCCGCAUGAUCCCCUUCGCUCACUCAUCCCCCAAACGAGUAAACCGCAGAGUAAAGCAGAUGGAGAAAAACAUCACCUUGGUUGCCAGACUCUUGGAAGAGAUGGAGAUACUCGAGAACAUGGCGAAAAAGAAACCGUCCUUUCCGUCGGAGCUUAAAUCGCAAAAGAAGAAGGUUGCGAGGAUAAAGGAGGAGUCUUUAUGGAACAAGACGUUUGAUGAAGUUGUAUCACUCAUGUCCCGAGCUAUAAUAGCUAUCUUCACCCGCAUCUGCGUCGUCUUUGGUCCAUUCGUCAACGACCUCCCCCCAGUCAUCGUCAACGAUGGCCGCUUGAUCAGUUUCAACCCCUUCAGCUCAAAAUGCCGAAUCUAUCCCCGGCUCACUGGCCGCCAACAUGCGUCCGGCCCGAUGGAGCGCUCUCGCUCUCCGCCCAAGGAUGUCGCACUUCGAAACUCAUGUCCGAUUAUUGGCAGGGGAAGAGAAACAGAGCGGAAGAUUAUAAACACGGUGGGGCGGGCCGGGCUGGCUACGCUGUACGCGAACGUGGUUUUGACGGCGGAAAGAUUGCUAAGAAUGAGGUGCGGAGAAGAGGAGGCGGGCGGGGAGGGGGCGAUGAGGGACGAGAUUUACCGGCAGCUGCCGGUGAAUAUGCAGGGGAUGGUGAGGGGGAAGCUGAUUGAAAAGUGGAGAGAACGGGGGUUGGCUGACUGGGAGAUGGCAAAGGGCUGGAAGGAAGCGGUGGAGAGAAUACUCAGGUGGCUGGGUCCCGUGGCUAGGGACACGGUGACAUGGGAGGAGGAUAAGACGUUGGACCAGCGCCGGCGCUUGGAUGUGAAGCCGCGAGUGCUAGCGAUACAGACAUUAGAGUUUUCUGAUAAGGAGAAGACGGAAGCAGCGAUUGUGGAGGUGUUGGUUGGGAUUACUUGUAUGUGUUGGUAUGAUGGCCGGACGGCGCUCGGUGGCGGCAGCGCAAUAGGAAGAUGACAGGGGAUGUAAAGUAGAUGUUUUUAGUUGGAGGGGGUGAAG